AAAACAAAUAAAAAUAAUUUGCUGAGACACUCGCUACGCUUCGCUCUACUUCACUCUAUAAGCUCUUCUUCCUUCGCGACCGCAAGACUCGACAUGUCCCUCUCGACAUUCUUCUACGAGCCUUUCUAUUCCCUCGCCGACUUUGACCGCCUGUUCGACGAGGCGUUCUCCGCUCGUGCUGGCUCGCAUGGCUCUUCGCAGAACGGCGACCGCCAGGUGCAGAGGCAGGAUGGGUCGCCGCGAUUCCUUCGCCCAAGGAUGGACGUUCACGAAAACACUGAACACAACCUCGUGACUGCGACGUUCGAGCUGCCUGGGCUCAACAAAGAGAACGUGCAGAUCGACGUCCACAACGGCGCCCUGACCGUCUCGGGCGAGUCAAAGAUCUCCUCCGAGCGUGAUGAGCAUGGUUACGCCAUUCGCGAGCGCCGCUAUGGCAAGUUCCAGCGCGCAAUCCCGCUGCCCCAAGGCAUCAAGAGCGACGACAUAAAGGCAUCGAUGGACAACGGCGUGUUGACCGUGACGUAUCCGAAGACGACGCCUGACCAGGCGCCGAAGAAAAUCACCAUCUCUUGAAGUUCAAUGGAAGGAUUGGGAUCUGGAACACUCAAGAUAAUGUUCAUCCGCCAUCUUUGAGUACCGUAUUGCAGCGUCGAAAGUAAUUCGUGUUCUGCCUUAUUCGAGUCUCAAGCGCGCUGUUGUGCGAAUGUGAGUGUAGGCUAGCAUCGGAGACGUGAAGGCAUUUCUGUCCACCAUGUUUAUCGGUUUGUAAACCAACGCGCUAUGUAUUGGCCUAGUACUCGGUGACGAUAGGUCCCACUGAGAGGGUUGCACCAUGUCUGAAAGGUGGCCACAUAGAAUGUAUUUUCCAUUGCGACGGAGUCAACACGUGUCCAUCCAAUAUUGCCCAUUUUAUGUGGGGAAAUAGCUACUAAAGGCUCACUUAUAAUUACUUAUAUGCUAGAGUGUGGUCAGUG